AUGCUGCCGGCCUCAGCACGCACUACUACGGGGAAUGAUCAUAGUAAAUGUCCGCACGAUGCUCAUGCAACAACGGUACCAGCUGCGCCAGCGCCAAUCGCGGCGGCCUCUUCGGAGGAUGUGCCUCUCGUACUCGCGGAGAACGACGCGGUGGGACCAGGACCCUGGGUAUCGUCGCGAUUCGAGGCGGAAAAUGUGUUCGAGCCGCGUGCAAGCGCGCAAGGGGGGGCCCGCGCGAAGGGGGAGGCGCGCAGCGGAAGGGGGAGGCAGAUCGGGGCGGGCGGAGACGCGCGGCGGUGCCGGUGGGCGGUGAGGGUGGGGGAGUGGCGGCCGAGCGCGGAGGAGUUCUGGGCGGCAACGGCGCUGCUGCCCGUGGAACACCACGCGCACGUUCUCAGCCCUGUCCUUCCACCCCCCCUCCCUUCCGCCUCCUCUUCCCUGCAACACCCUGCCCCCGCUUCCAUUCCCUUUGCGGUGCUCCCCCCGCCCCGCCGACGCCUCCUUCUACACGUCUCCCGCAGGUUUCUCCGCCUGUCCGAUCGCAAGCGCGCGCUGGUGAGCCGGCUGGCGCAGAUGGCGCUGGUGGCGCGCGCAUGUGGCGCGCGGGGGGACGAGGUGGCGCUCGUGCGGACGAGGGAGGGGAAGCCGCAUUAUAAGGUGCGGCGGAGAGACAUGGCAGGCGGGGAGGAAGAGGGGGACGUGCGAAGGCAGCAGGUAGAGUCACACGUGGCGGCGCACGAUUGGCCGGAUGCCGCAGCCGCCGCUGCUGACAUGGCGGCGGCUGCUGCUGUGGAUGGAGAUAGGGAGGAGUGCCUGCUGCGGUUGAAGCAGGGCGGGAAUGGUGGCAGCAGCGCGGAUGGUGGCAGGAGUGGGGACGGUGGCAGGAGUGGGGACGGUGGAAUCAAUAGGGAUGGUAGCAGGAGCAGUGGGGGAGGAGAGUAUUGCAGGGAGCGGGAGGAGGUUCAAGUGGUGGUGGCGGGUCGAGCAGGCGAGGGAGAAGUGGUGGGGGAGAGGGAGAGGGUAGUGAUAGAGGAUCGGGGGGAGGAAGGUGGGGGGAAAGGGCAAAGAGAGGAAGAUGUGGUGGUUCUGGUGGGGGCGAGUGUGCGAAAGAAGGAGGUGAAGGGAGGAAGGUUGAAGAAUAGGGGUUUGGUGGGUGGGAGUGAGUAUGGGGGGAGUGGCAGCAGCACUAGUACCAGCAGCACCAGCAGCAGCACCUAUCCUAGCAUCAGCAGCGGCAGCAGCAGCAGCAGCAGCAGCAGCAACUACGGCAACCCUCAGCAGUUUUUCAAGCCAUUCCGAUCGCUGGGACUGCUGACGGCAAGGGAGUGGGUGGGCAUAGAGCACGCAGGGGAGAGCACCUACGAGGAACAACACAACAACUUCUACAGGGUAUGGGCACUCAAGGAAUCGUAUGUAAAGGCCAUAGGCAUGGGCCUGGGGUUUGACCUGAGCAGGAUCGAGUUCACGUGGGAGAGAGCAGAGCGCAGAGUUCGCCCGUGCUGUUGUGUUGCUGCUGCUGCCGCCACAGCACCAACUCAACGGGAGGGGUGUUCUAGACAGGACUGCCACAUGACCACUGGGUGGCUGUAG